UGCGUUUUCCUCUUAGGCGGCGCCAUUUUGUGCUCAGAACCGCUACAGCUGCCGGCGGUGAGGCGGCUGAGCCGCGCUAGCAAGGAUGGCGGAACCUCUGGCGGGGUCGGCGGACUCGGGUUCUGGCACGGCUGUUCUGGGCUUUGGCUCCUCGGAGACCGGAACGCGGCGGCUUAGCGAGUUGCGGGUGAUCGACUUGCGAGCGGAGCUAAAGAAGCGGAAUUUGGACACUGGUGGCAACAAGAGCGUCCUGAUGGAGCGGCUCAAGAAGGCGGUUCAGGAAGAAGGGCAAGAUCCUGAUGAGAUUGGCGUCGAACUGGAAAGCACAAGCAGGAGGACGCCGAAGAGAUGCGCUAAAGGGCAAAAGAUGGAGGAGGAAGGCACAGAAGACAACGGCCUGGAAGAAGAUUCCAGAGAUGGGCAGGAGGACGUGGACUCGGGUCUAGAGAACCUGCAGAGCAUGGACAUGGUGGACAUGAGUGUGUUAGACGAGACUGAAGCUGAGGACAGCAGUGCCCCAGACUUUGGGGAGGAAGGCGGUGGCGAGGACAGCAUUCUCCAUUCCUUCUAUGACAGUAAAGAGUACGUGGCUGCGCAGCUGGGACAGCUUCCAGCUCAGCUCUCGGAACACGCUGUGGAUGGGGAAGGCUUCGAGAGCCCUUUGGAAGCUUCAUCAUUGGACUUCAAAGUAACUCCGGAUAUUGAAGAACCUCUCUUGGAGCCAGAAAAUGAGAAAAUACUCGACAUUUUGGGGGAAACUUGUAAAUCUGAGCCAGUAAAAGAAGAAGGUUCCGAGCUGGAGCAGCCAUUUGCACAGGAUACAAGUAGCGUGGGGCCAGACAGGAAGCUGGCGGAGGAAGAGGACCUUUUUGGCAGCGCCCACCCGGAAGAGGAAGAGGAGGAAGAGCAGGAGCAGGAGGAAGAGGAGGAAGAGGAAGAGGAGGAGGGAGAUUUAGAUUUGGCCAGCGAGUCAACACGCGCUCAGUGGAGCGAGGCAGACACCCUGUUAGCGGUAGUGAAAAGGGAGCCCGUGGAGCAGACAGGCGAAGGCGCGAGGACGGACUGUGAGCCUGUAGGGCUAGAGAAGCCAGUUGAGCAGAGUAGCGCGGCCUCCGAGCUGCCGGAGGCCUCUAGCCAGGAGCUGGCGGAAGCGCCCGCGGAAGCCCCGAGCCCGGAGCCCCGAGAUAGCAAGGAAGACGUGAAGAAGUUUGAGUUUGACGCUUGUAAUGAAGUCCCUCCGGCUCCUAAAGAGUCCUCAACCAGUGAGGGCGCUGAUCAGAAAAUGAGCUCUUUUAAGGAAGAAAAAGAUAUAAAGCCAGUCAUUAAAGAUGAGAAAGGCCGUGUCAGCAGCAGCUCUGGACGGAACCUGUGGGUCAGCGGACUGUCUUCUACCACACGUGCCACUGACCUCAAGAACCUGUUCAGCAAAUAUGGAAAGGUGAUCGGGGCCAAAGUGGUGACCAACGCCCGCAGUCCCGGGGCCCGGUGCUAUGGAUUUGUGACCAUGUCCACAUCUGAGGAGGCGACCAAGUGCAUCAGCCACCUGCACAGGACUGAGCUUCAUGGGAGGAUGAUCUCCGUGGAGAGGGCCAAAAACGAACCUGCUGGGAAGAAACUGUCAGACAGGAAAGAGUGUGAGGUGAAGAAGGAAAGGUUCUCUAAUGCUGACAGACAUCACCCUGUGGAGAUCAAAAUUGAAAAAACCGUGAUCAAGAAGGAGGAGAAGGUUGAAAAAAAGGAGGAGAAAAAACCAGAAGACAUUAAAAAGGAAGAAAAAGACCAAGAUGAGCUGAAAGCAGGACCUGCAAACCGGUCCAGAGUCACUAAAUCAGGAAGCAGAGGGACAGAGCGGACGGUGGUGAUGGACAAGUCCAAGGGCGAGCCCGUCAUCAGUGUGAAGACCACUAGCAGGUCCAAGGAGAGGAGCUCCAAGAGUCAGGAUCGCAAAUCGGAAAGCAAGGAGAAGAGAGACAUCCUGUCCUUUGACAAAAUCAAAGAGCAGAGGGAGCGAGAGCGGCAGCGGCAGCGGGAGCGGGAGAUCCGGGAGACAGAGCGGCGGCGGGAGCGGGAGCAGCGGGAGCGGGAGCAGCGGCUGGAGGCCUUCCACGAGCGCAAGGAGAAGGCGCGGCUGCAGCGGGAGCGGCUGCACCUGGAGUGCCAGCGGCAGCGGCUGGAGCGCGAGCGCAUGGAGCGGGAGCGGCUGGAGCGGGAGCGCAUGCGUGUGGAGCGCGAGCGCAGGAAGGAGCAGGAGCGCAUCCACCGCGAGCGCGAGGAGCUGCGGCGCCAGCAGGAGCAGCUGCGCUAUGAGCAGGAGCGCCGGCCGGCGCUGCGGAGGCCCUACGACCUGGACAGCACAAGUAGGCGAGAGGAUGCUUACUGGCCUGAAGGAAAGCGGGCGGCCCUGGAGGACAGGUACCGCGCGGACUUCCCACGGGCUGAUCACCGUUUCCAUGACUUUGAUCACCGCGACCGGGGCCAGUACCAGGACCACGGUGCCGACAGGAGGGCAGGGCCCCGGCCGGGGAUGGGCGAGCGGGACGGGCAGCACUAUGCAGACGACCGCCAUGGCCACGGCGGGCACCCCGAGCGCCACAGCCGGGACUCUCGCGACGGCUGGGGGGGCUACGGCUCCGACAAGAGGCUGAGUGAAGGCCGGGGGCUGCCCCCACCCCCCAGGAGCCGGACCACGGGGGCCCGUGCGCCGAGCGCCGCCCCUGCUGCGGCUCGGUGCAAUGUGAACUCACACUUUCUUUAAUAAAUGUGUUCUUGUUCUGCCGUUUUUAAGAAGGUUUCUGUUAACGAGGCAUUCCAUUUUCCAUUAAUAAACGUUUACAGUUCGCA